AAUCCACAGUUGCACCCAGUUAAUAAUCUCUGUUUUUUUCUUCUUCUGUAAAUCUAUAUAAACUAGUAGAAGAAGAGGAAAUGGGAUUAUGGGCAUUUAUAGGAGUGAUAUCUCCAUUCCCAUUCUACUACUGGCUGUGGACAAACCCACAAUCAUGGGUGGAUCUUUGCGGGAGAGGCCGUGAUCCCUGCAGAGUCAUGGCAUUGGUUUCUCAUUUUCUCAAAAUAAUACAAUUCAUAUCCCUCUUUUCUGUCUCUACGAUUUCUUGGCCGCCAUCGUUUUACUUCUGGCCCCUCUUUAUUGCUGGGCAAUUCCUCAACUUCAGGGUCUAUCAACUGUUAGGAGAAUCAGGGACGUACUAUGGUGUACGUUUUGGAAAGAACAUCCCAUGGGUGACGGAAUUCCCCUUAGGAGUAAUCAAGGAUCCACAGUAUGUUGGCAGUAUAAUGAGUCUUGUUGCAUGUCUCCCUUGGGUUCCCUUCUUCUACAUUAUUACGUGGGUUCUUGGCUAUAUAUUUAUUAUUCUCGUUGAAUCUAAGGAAGAUCCAGCUACUCGUGCCAAACCACACUCCUGAAUUUACUAAUUGCGAAUCAGUUUGAUAUAUUACAAGUUUUUAUCAUUCAUGCAAUCUUGUUAUCAUGGAAGUUAUCGAUUUUUGCUCCUUUGUAAGCAUAUUCUAUUUCAGGAAGCGUUUUUAAUAAAAAUGGCUCUUUUUUGGGUUCUAUGC